AUGGAUAUCUCCGAAACCAACUUCCGAUCGCUACAGCCUGCUGCCGUUAAUAUCAAGAGCCUGGGUGCCAUUUCAGGUGUCUUGGAGCGACUGAACCAGCUAGGGGCUGCCAUUCGACGGUCAUCAGUGAGCAGCCAGACUUCCAAGGCGAGAGCGUUUGCUGCGACUCUUGACUUGACUUCUUUCGAGCAAGUCGCGAAUCUAUUACUGCGCACACUUUACUUGAACGCCAGUGAUAGUCUCAUCGAGCGACUCACGCAAUCCAUGGCGGAUUCCUACGCCCGCUUUCUUCAGCGCAAAAGCCGCCAAGAGCGACUCCAAGUUACUCGACCUGUUCCGCGAUCACAAAUACCACUAACGCCGAUCCAGGAAGAGCCUUCCGGUGCUUUCGCGGGCUCAGAUGCCAUGCGUGUCUCCUUGAAGAGGCUUCGUAUCGGCGACAGCUUGACUGAUAAUAUACCCCGGCUUCCUCCACCUCCGUCUGAUAACAGGGUACCUCAAUCCGAGCCCACCUCUGUGGACAGUCGGAAGGUGAAGGAUCAGCUUCGAAGAUCGAUAAGCCCCACUUCAAAUACUAAAUCAGUCUCCAUUCUGGUAAAUCAGGCAGAGUAUCCCCACCCAGCCAAAGAAAGUCUUGUCUGUGAGUGGUGUUUUAGCCCUCUCAUGGCAGGGUCUCGAGAGACCCCCAAGUGGCAGUAUGAUCUUCUCAUUAUCCGAAAGCCACACUGUCACUUACACUUAAUAUAUAGAGAGCAUAUAAAUGAAGACUUCGAACCCUAUAUCUGUCUCUCCGAGGAAUGUGCUGAAUACAUGCCUCGAUUCGCCUCCUCACGGCAGUGGCUCGAGCAUAUGGUGACCGCUCACGGCGAGAAUUGGCACCAAGAGGUAUAUGCACCAGCCUCAUGGAUUUGCCCUCUAUGUGCUGAACUGGAAGCUUCAUUCAAUAGUCCUGAGGAUCUUUCGGCCCACAUUGACAAUCUUCACAUAGAAAUUUCCAGAGAGCAGCAAAUCAAGGCCAUUGUCCGGCAGAGUAUGCUUCAAUGCCCCCGGCCACUAGGGACAUGUCCCCUGUGUUGCUUUACGAUUAUUGAUGAGCAAGUACCCCAAGAAAGUCAGAGAGGCACCACCAGAAGCAACGAGCAAGCGAAACAUUACAUGGCUAAUUCCGAUGAGAGUCGGUCCAAAAGGUUAAAGACAGAUACGAGCUUCUCUAAGAUGAGCGGCGAAACCAAGCCGGAUAUCGAACAAAAGAUAAUUCCUGGAAAGAAAUCAGAAGUCACAGACGACUCAGUUUCCAAAAGCAAGCUCGGGACUGAGGUUAUAGGAAGUCAUGUGGCUGCCCAUCUUCAGAACAUCAUGCUUCUUACACUGCGCCUGAUAUCUAUAGAUGGUAUUGCAGAAACAUCAACAGGAAGUGAUUUCGGAAGUCCAAGAACUGACUAUCAAGCUUCCUGGGUCGACUCGGGGGCGAGGGGCCUCGACCAGGAAGAGUCUGAUAUAGGCUAUGACCUGUCACAACAUACCGAUGGCAACAUCGACCUUGAUGAUGGAGCCCAAUCAUACAUAGAUUGGAGCGAUGUACCUCACUGUGAUGAAACUCCGAUGGAAGAGGACAAGAUCUUACAGGAGAUUGGAUUAUCAAGAGCAGGCCGCCCCAACAACCGAGAAGAUCAAUCCCAAGCACACUAUAUAAUCCCAUCCUUGGAAAAUCGUCACUUCACUGGCCGUCAAUCCACUCUAGAUGUGCUUAAACAGAAGCUAUUUAUCCAAGCAAAUUCUGAAAAAUUAGCUCUGUGCGGACUAGGUGGGAUCGGUAAAACCCAGGUUGCGCUCCAGCUUGCCGGCUGGGUGAAAACGCAUAUACCAGACUGCUCUGUCUUCUGGGCUCCAGCCUUCAGUCUCGAAAGUUUUGAGCAGGGUUGUUCUCAAAUCGCGAAUGAGCUCCAAAUUUAUCCGAGCCUAGACGGUGAAAAUCCGAUGGAGAUAGUGCACCGGCACCUCAGCUCUGAUAGAUCUGGAAGGUGGCUUUUCAUAGUCGACAAUGCUGACGAUAUUGAAUUGCUUGUCAAUGAGCUUAAUCAGUAUCUCCCUGCUAAUAAGCGAGGGGUGACUUUGCUAACUACUCAGUCCCGUGAGGUAGCUGUAUCCUUUGCAGAAAGGGAUAUAGUCGAACUUGAAAUGAUGACAAUAGAGGAAGGUGCUACUUUUCUUACUAAGGUUAUAAGGGAAAGCUCAUUUGGCACCCAAGAAUCCGCUUUACAACUACUAGAGGAGCUGAACUUUAUCCCUCUAGCUAUUAUGCAAGCAGCUAACUAUAUUAAUCUGAGUCAUAUAACGACUACUCAGUACCUCGACCUUAUGCAUAAGACUGAGCAGGACCGAGUUCGUCUAGCGAGCAGGAACUUCCACGAUAGCUCUCGCUACUAUACAAUGCAAAACGCCGUGACUACUAUAUGGCAUAUUUUAUUCAAUCGGAUCAAAAGCUCUGAGCCUUCUGCUGCUGAUUUGUUAGGAUUUAUAGCUUACCUGGAGCCAAAGGCAAUACCACGAUCUAUUCUCCCUGCUCUGAAUUCAGAAAAGGAUAUCGAGCUCGGUAUUUGUAUACUGUGUGACUAUGGGCUCUUGACCAAGAUGGGAACCGCCGAGGAUAUGUUUGAUAUGCAUAGCCUUGUGCAGCUAUCAGUACGAGCAUGGAUCAAAGAAAUGCAGAAGACACAGCAGAUUAUUGCUAGUGUAAUAAAGCAUGUGGACCAGUGUUUUCCAUCAGAUCAAUAUAAAAAUCGUGCGAUAUGGAGCACGUACCUGCCACAUGCUAUUGCAGUUACUAGGAGAGAGGAAAGUAAGAGUAUAACUGAGAGAUACAGCUUACUUUCGAAGAUUGGAAAGUGUAUGUUAGUGGAAGGGCGAGCUGCAGAAGCUUUGCGGUAUUUUGAAGAUGUGUUUGUAUGGAUGAAAAUCACCUACAAAGAAGAAGAUCCCUCUCGACUAUCAUCUCAGCACGAACUCGCACAAGCAUAUCAAGCCAACGGGCAGAUCAAACAGGCUAUAGAGCUGUUUGAGGAUGUGUUUAUGAUCCGACUGAGAACGCUGAAUGAAGAGCAUCCUGAUCGACUAGCGUCUCAGCACGAACUCGCACAGGCAUAUCAAGCCAACGGGCAGAUCAAAGAGGCUAUAAAGCUACUUGAGAAUAUCGUUACGUUGCGAGAGAGAACGCUGAAUGAAGAGCAUCCUGAUCGACUAGCGUCUCAGCACGAACUCGCACAGGCAUGUCAAGCCAACGGGCAGAUCAAAGAGGCUAUAAAGCUACUUGAGAAUAUCGUUACGUUGCGAGAGAGAACGCUGAAUGAAGAGCAUCCUGAUCGACUAGCGUCUCAGCGCGAAUUCGCACAGGCAUGUCAAGCCAACGGGCAGAUCAAAGAGGCUAUAAAGCUACUUGAGAAUAUCGUUACGUUGCGAGAGAGAACGCUGAAUGAAGAGCAUCCUGAUCGACUAGCGUCUCAGCGCGAACUCGCACAGGCAUAUCAAGCCAACGGGCAGAUCAAAGAGGCUAUAAAGCUACUUGAGAAUAUCGUUACGUUGCGAGAGAGAACGCUGAAUGAAGAGCAUCCUGAUCGACUAGCGUCUCAGCGCGAACUCGCACAGGCAUAUCAAGCCAACGGGCAGAUCAAAGAGGCUAUAGAGCUACUUGAGAAUGUCGUUACGUUGCGAGAGAGAACGCUGAAUGAAGAGCAUCCUGAUCGACUAGCGUCUCAGCGCGAACUCGCACAGGCAUAUCAAGCCAACGGGCAGAUCAAAGAGGCUAUAGAGCUACUUGAGAAUGUCGUUGCGUUGCGAGAGAGAACGCUUAAUAAAGGGCAUCCCGCUCUUCUAGCCUCUCAGCGCGCGCUCCAAGAAGCAAACCAGUCGGUCAAAGCUCUUCCCUGA